UCACAUCAAAACAUUGAAAAAAAAUUCGUGAAAAUUUUCAUUUGCAUCAGCUGUGCAUGCAAGUUCACUGGAAAAAUGGAAAAAUCUAUCGGCUAAACUUAUCAUGUUGUUACAAAAUGUAUUUAUUUUCUACGAACAAGCACGUUCAUUUAUAAUAAAGUGAAAUUUGCUGUUAAGUUGUUAGCUGUUGCAGCAAAAUGGGAGCAAACGUAUCUCAGCUUGAACGUGAUAUCGGGGCGGAUCAAUUUCCCCCCAAUGAGCAUUAUUUCGGUUUAGUUAAUUUCGGCAAUACCUGUUAUAGUAAUUCAGUCUUACAAGCACUUUACUUCUGUAGGCCAUUCCGGGAGAAGGUUCUUGAAUACAAGGCCAAAAACAAACGCACGAAGGAAACGUUGCUGACCUGUUUAGCAGAUUUGUUCUAUAGUAUAGCCACCCAGAAGAAAAAGGUCGGUUCCAUAGCGCCUAAGAAGUUCAUUGCCCGACUUCGGAAGGAAAAGGAAGAAUUCGACAAUUACAUGCAGCAGGAUGCCCACGAGUUCCUGAACUUUCUGAUCAAUCAUAUAAACGAAAUCAUACUAGCCGAACGAAAUCAGGCAAAAGGCGCAGGAACAAGCGGUAGUAAAAACGCUGGUACCAUCGGAGGAGGAGGGGGAAGUCUGAAUGGGGACAACCCCGGGCAGCCACAGGAACCGACUUGGGUGCAUGAGAUUUUCCAGGGAAUUCUGACCAGUGAAACGAGAUGUCUGAAUUGCGAAACGGUUAGCAGCAAAGAUGAGAACUUUUUCGACCUGCAGGUGGAUGUGGAUCAAAAUACCAGCAUAACGCACUGUUUGCGAUGCUUUAGUAAUACCGAAACGCUGUGCAGUGAUAACAAGUUCAAGUGCGACAACUGCUGCAGCUACCAGGAAGCACAGAAACGAAUGCGCGUGAAAAAACUGCCCAUGAUACUGGCGCUGCACCUCAAACGGUUCAAGUACAUGGAACAGUAUAAUCGGCACAUCAAGGUGUCACAUCGAGUGGUGUUUCCUCUGGAAUUGAGGUUGUUUAACACGUCUGACGAUGCUGUGAAUCCGGACCGGCUUUACGAUCUGAUGGCGGUCGUUAUUCAUUGUGGUUCUGGGCCCAACCGAGGGCACUAUAUAAGCAUUGUUAAAAGCCACGGGUUCUGGCUGCUGUUCGACGACGACAUGGUUGAUAAAAUUGAGGCCUCAACUAUAGAAGACUUUUAUGGUCUAACAUCUGAUAUACAAAAGUCAUCUGAAACUGGUUACAUUUUAUUUUAUCAAUCCCGAGACGCAACCUAAAGCUUGUAAGUAUGUAUUAUUUCAACUUAGAGCCCUAGAAGAUUUUAUCAUCGAGUAUAAAAAUCGUAAAUGAUUAGCAUGCAUUGUGAUAAGGCGAAUCCGCAAUUUUCAUUCCCAAAUUUUUGGCUUCGACUGAUUUGAGUUUGUCUUGGAUCUACAUGCGACACAUAGUUGCAAACGGCUAGACAUUGCAUUUUCGAUACCUAUUGCACUAAAGUAAUUUGAUCGAAGCAGUUUACUGCACUACCUCGGAUAACUGGCCCAUGUAUAUAGGAAAUCCUACAGAACAUGAGACUAUUAUGCGUAGAGUGACAGUUUAGUCAAUUUGUGGUUUAUACUGCGUGCAAUAGCAAGAAUUUUGAGUAUCUCGUGUUUUAAAUUCAUAUUCAAACAAUUCUUGGUUGAAUUAUGCAGUUUUAGCGAUAGAUUCAGAUAGUUUUGCAACUCACAUAGCUAUUUGACUAUUUCAAUAUAUUUUAAAAAUCACGAAUUGUGAAUUGUAUAUUUGAGUGCAAACAUAUAAGUUUUGAAAUUUAUUUUGUCCGCGAAUUAUGUUGACAGAAAUGAAUAUGAGUUGUGACAUAAGAUUAAUCAAGCAAAUAAGGCGGUCAAAAACGCUCUGAUCAUCAUUAAUUAUAAAUAAACACGUUUAAACCAU